AAGUAAUUGUAUAAUAAAGUGUAGUAAUAAUAGAAUAAGGUUGCAAUAUUAAAGUGGCAAUACUAUGGAAAAAAAUCAUAUAUUACUGUGAGAAUAAAUAUGUCAAGAGAAAAAAGUUGUAACGUUCAGAGAAUAAAGUCAUAGUAAAUAAAGGCGGACAUUCAAAAAAAAUUACUGCGAGAAUCAGGCUGGAUGUUUUUUUCGGGAACUAAGUCACAUUUUGAGUGGAAAAAAAUGUAUAUACAAAGCAUAAAGUUGUAAAACUAUAGAAUUAAAGUCAUACUGCUUUGAGACUCAAGUCGUAAUGUUACAUAAAAAAGUCGCAAUGCUGGGAAAAUAAAAUUCCCAUUUUGUGUGAAAGAAUCAGAACAGCCGCAUUAAAGGUUUUCUGUUUAUAAGGAAUAAAAAAAUACAACCAGACAUGCUGGUCUAUGACUACCAUUUACAAUAACCUUUGCUUUUGACAUUGUGCAGCCAGCAGCUCAAAAUGUGUCCUUGCUCCUCCAAGGUUGCGCAGAACUUUCAACCUUCCAUGCAGGACAAUUGUAUAAUACCGAUGAUUGUUUUUGCAAUACUCGCUAACAAAAGACAAAAAGCAUUCUAUUAUUCUGGUAUAUUACAAGGGUUGACCAAAAGUAAGUACAGUAUGUACUUUUUAAAUAAACUUGUUUCUUUUAAGAGGUGCCGUGAAUAAUGGGACUUAUUUGAUUCAAGAAAGAAGAAAAGUAGUUUCACGCAAAAGAAGAAGGAAGGACUCAAUAUCACAAAUGGGUGCCAGGGAAGAAAAUAAGUAAGGGUGGAACAAAGAAGGGAAGAGAGAAAAGCAUGGUUGAGCUGGAAGCAAGGAGGCCAGGGACUGGGAAAGGCAGAAAAGUAGCAAAGGAAGGACGCAUUAAUAAAACCGGGUGUGAGUGAACAAGGCAUGAAAGAAUGAAAAAAAAGGGGAGGCUUGGAGGAAAGCAAAGCAGGCAGAAGAGAUGGAAGGAAGGAGGGAAUGACGGAAGGCAAAAAAAUAAAGCAAAGGAAGGAAAGGUAUGUGACACAAAAGCUGGUCUGAGGGAAGAAGGCGGGAAAGAGCAAAGAUCAGUAGGUAAGUCUGGAAGGCAGGAAGACAGAGACAGGUCAAAAUAAUACAGCAAAGGAGGGAAGAGUGAAAAAGGAAAAUCAGGUUUAAAUGAAGGAAGGAUCCAUAAAGAACGAUGGAAGGAAUGAUGCAAGAUUAAAAAAAACGCCGAGGGAAGAUAUAAAGAGGGUCUGGAAAGGAUGGACUUCGGAUAAGAAAGAUAACUGUAAACGUACUAAAUAUAUAUACAUAAAAUAAUAUCAUUAAAGCGUAAACCUUUUGGGCCCGCCCUGUUGUACACGUGUUCUAAAAAAAACAGAAAGGAAAACAACUCCUGUUAUGUCACUGAGUGCUAUUUUAAUAAGCCAUCAGCAUUCCACUGCCCCAAGUGAGAGUGACAGCAGACCGGUUACGCGCCAUGCCGCAUGCUGACUGAGGCGGAUGUGCGUCAUACCAGUCACGUGACAGCUCUGUUGAACGAGGGGAGGAAGGACACGGGGAGGGACUUACGCUUGUCUUGACUUCAACCCGGCAUCUCGCACACCGGCCUCAGUGAAACGGAUCAGCCCGGCGAAUUACAUUCACCCAUCCGACCGCAACUCUCCGCGCUAUGAAGAUUUGGACAUCGGAACACAUAUUCAAUCAUCCUUGGGAGACUGUGACCAAGGCAGCGAUGCAAAAGUACCCCAACCCGAUGAAUCCUAGCGUGUUCGGGGUCGACGUUUUAGACAGGACCAUCGACCAGCAGGGCCGACUGCACAGCAAAAGGCUUCUCAGCACUGAGUGGGGUCUUCCCUCUAUCGUCAAGUCUAUCAUUGGCAACGCGCGGACGUGUACGUACAUUCAAGAGCACUCAGUUGUGGAUCCACUCGAGAAGAGUUUGCAACUUCAGUCCACAAAUAUUACAUUCACCAACUUGGUGUCUGUGGAUGAGAAGCUCACGUAUAAACCCCACCCUGAAGAUUCUCGAAAAACAAUCCUGACGCAAGAAGCCAUCAUAUCUGUAAAAGGAGUCAGUCUAAGCAGCUAUUUGGAGGGCAUUCUAGCAAGCACUAUCUCAACCAAUGCCGGAAAGGGCCGUGAAGCCGUGGAAUGGGUGAUCCGGCGGCUCAACACCGAAAUCGAGGAACUUGCAGCAACAGCACGCGGGACGAUGCGAAGCCCAAUGGCCGCUGCCACCGUCACUGACAAAUGACCUCUGCUUCUUAUUUUUCCAGCGAAGCAUCCCCAUGCCCCGGUGAUACUCUAACACUGCCUUGUGUUUCUUGUGUGUUAUGUGACAAUGCAUUUGGACCUGCAUAGAAACACCAGGCUCUGAUGGAAUUUGGGGGAUAAGGGUGUGGGCACUCAGGGAACCAUGGAAAUCGGGAGGAAACAAGUGCCAAAAUCUCGUUGGCUGAAUUUACACUACAUGUUCAAGUGAUUAUUUAUUUUUAUUUUUUUAGCUCAGAUUUUGUUUUUAUGCUUUCAAGUGCCCAAGUGGGAUAUGCGUCAUGGGAGCAUAAAAACACAAACAAAAACAUUGGAUCAGAUAUCUUCAGAUCAGAAUCAGGACUCUUCCAAAAGUGGAUACAAAUCGGAAUCUUAUAUGUGCCAAUGUGAGUGUGGAAGUAUACGUCUCGAUGGAAAUAUAUCUCAUCAGUAUUAACUACCGGUAACUGUCAUCUAAAUACACUGAUUGGUGAUGUGGACACACUUGCAUCGACUCAAACAACAAAAACGAAAACCUGCUGUUAUUCAAAAUUGCAUUGUAAGCAUAUAGACAACUAAACAAAUGACAUUAGUGGUUUGUUCUUCCUUAAAUAAGCAAAGUAAUUGCAGAUGGCCACCACUGCGCCAGUGACCUAUUGCCAAUGUUACUCUCGUUUUAAUUAUGUGUCAGCACAGACCAACUAAUAUUCGUAUUAUUUGUAUAUUGCUGUUUACUACUUUUGUGUUGUCACUGCCCGCUGUUGGCACUAGUGAGUUAUUUCAGUGCAAUUUGGCUGUCUACAUUUUGUUUCAUGUUUUCAGCCAGUGAAAACACAGCCGCAUCAAAUACUGUAUGUAUCACUGGAGACAGUGCCCCCAAAAAACUGAUAUCAGGAUUAAAUUUAGAACCUGGCACUUGAACCUGUAAUGUAAACCCAGCCUUAAAAACACCAUAUAGUCAGUGUUGUUAUCUAGCACAAACAUGGUACAUGUCAAGCAAACAUGCCAAUUGUGGCAUGAAGAACAAUUGAGCGCACAACAAAACAUGCAUUGUCGCGGUGUUGCAAAAGCAUCGAUACAAAGAAAUGAUUCUAGUUUCACAUGGUGGUGGUUAGGUACUUUGAAGUGGUUUUGCGUGUCAGAAGACAGUCAAUGGCACAUAUUUUAUUUAUGUAUUUUUUUGAGUUGUUGGAGUUUGAUCUUCAACACUCUUCUGAGACCUCAUUGAUAACAUUCUGUACUGGAUGUCAGUAAAUAAGCUUGUAAAAUAUUAGGUGUUAUUUAAUAAAUAGUCAAAUAUUUAAUUUGUAUGAAGGGAUCAAGUUACCAUUGGGUGUUUUAAAGGAAAUGUACAAUGAUCAGCUACUUAUGGUGCGUCCAUAGAUAUGAAAGCUGCUCCUUGACUGCAGUCGUUUCCAUUUGCACUUCCAACAAAGCUGCAGAUUUAGAAGGAGCAGAUAGAGCUGAACAUUCGCAAAGGUUUUCAUACUGUUACGAUAAGACUGUGGGUUUGUUUUUUUAAAGCAUAUUGCUGUGAAUGUAAUGCAUUUAUUCAUUAGAUAGACUUUUAAAUGAAGUGAGUAGGAAAUUAUAACUUGUGCCUUUGUCAAAUAAAUGGCCAUGCCAACCAAGAAAAUGCUAAUAAAAGCAUUUUGAUGAUUUUGUACAAUUAC